UAUAAAAAAAGAAUCUAUCUAAUUUUAUAAACAUUAAUAUAAUUAAAGUAUAUUUAUUAAUUUUCAAAUAGAUAUCCUGAAUAUCCCAAAAAGUUACUUAGCUAGCUACUAAUUUUUAUAAAAUAGAUUUUAAAUUUACAAUUUAAUUACAUGUAAACAGAUGAUGGUUUUAUAGAAUUCUAGUCAUACAAUGAUUAUUAAAGUUUAUAGGCAAUUUUUACAAAAGCCAGAGAUAACAAUAUUGAUUUGACUUAGCAAAGAAGCAAAGAAGAAUUGAUAGAAGAUUAUUUUAAGUAUUGCGUAAAAGUAAAGAUCAACUAGCCUAUGGAUGUUAGAGCACAUAUGAUAAAAGAACAUUAUUUCUUAGUUUAUGCAAGAAUCAUUACUGAAAAUAGUUAAGAUCAUUAUCCUUCCAGAGUUUAUGCUGUUGUUUUAACCGAUUUUAACAAUUAAUUUUGCUAAAUAUAACCCACUUAUUAUGCAAACGAAUCAAUGCAAGCAAGAGUCACUCCUUGCUUUUCAGUAAACUAACAUUUAGCUCAAAAGCUUUAAUCUGCCCAGCUUUCAAUUUCUAAAAUUCUACUUUAUUUGAGCGAUUUAUAAACUAUUUCCUAAAAAGACACAAACCAAGACACUGCUUCUAUUAAAAGUGGUUCAAGAAGAAAUUCUAAUGAUAAUAUAUGCUGA